AUGGUGAAAUGCUAUCUUCAAUUAGCGAGCCAAAACAUGAGACUGUGUGCAAACAUAUGCUACAAUAUUCUCAAGAAAUUGGAAAUUCCUAAAAUCAUGAUGUAUUGGGGAGUUGGGCUUUACUACACUAGAUAUCUUCAACGGAAUUCGAAUAAAAAGGAAGAUCAAUUCAUAUCAUUGAAAGGAAAAAGAAAUAUAUGA